AUGCCCCCAUCACCCCUCUAUACCCCCCAAGACGUCCCCUCCUUCAAGAAACGUCGCAACCGUCUCCCCAACACCCGCGCAAAGCAACUCCUCCGUGCCGCAGAGCGCGAUUACAAUGACCCCCCUCCACCGCCUGGCCUUGGCGAGUGCUGUGGGAGUUCGUGUGAUCCGUGCGUCAACGAUCUGUGGAAGGAGGAGUUGGCGAUUUGGAGGGAACGGUGGGGUGAUGGGGCGGUUGAAGAUGGAGAUAAGAAGGAGGGUGAACAGGGAGAUGAGAGUGAGGGGUGUGCGAAGAUGAAGAUGCCGGGGAGUUGGGAGUGCUUCUUUGAUGGCGGUGAUGGAUGUGUGCCUUGGCAUGGGGUGUUGCACACUGAAUGA